AUGUCGCGGGCACUACUGCCGUGGCUGUCAGUGUUUCUCUCAUGGCGCCUGUGCAACGGCGUUUCUGAUGUCGACUGCCUGGGAACAACUCUCCUUCAGCACCACCACGAAGUUGUGCCUUUCAACAUGCAGGCGUCCGCAACAUCCACGUUUCGACGUAGUUUGUUCAGACAAGAAGCUUGGGGGGAGGCAUCGUGCUCUGAAGUGCCGUGGAUGUGCGCAGAGCCCUUCGACUGCCUGAACUCCACUGGGAAGUUGGAACCAUGGGAGGAGAUGCUGCAUCAGCUGGCUAAGCCUAGUGGGGUGAACUACCAGGCCUGGUGCUAUGCGGGCUCCGUGUUCUACCAGCAAGCUCGGCAAUGUGCCACGCAGGACCUACAUGGCUAUGCACAGACUAUGCUGCAAUUCAGUCAGCAAUUUCACACCGAAGAGUUCGAUGCCAGCUAUUGCUUUUUGACUGGGUAUUGCCAGAAUGACCGGGUGACACUGAACACCACCAUUUUGGAGGCAGAAGACAUCUGCGAUGAGCUCUUUCCAGAGCCGCAGGUGGACGCAAGAAGAUGUGCUGCGAAGGGCCGAAGGGCACAGCACACGCGAAUCUUUCUAAACUGGUAUAUACGGUAUAUGUAUGUAUAUGGUAUACGCAAGAUAUGUAAGAGUCGGUGUUCUUCCGAAAACAACAUUCAAGACAUGUUUCCAAAUAUUUUCCGUCUUAAGAAUGCAGUGCUUCUGCAACAAUGGACUUUUAGCACGGGAGCGACAGUAAAACCCUCGAAGAGCCGCAUCGCGCAGUCUAAUCUCAAAGCGGCACUUGGGAUGGUCAUCCCAGGGGUUGGAGAUCAUAUUUAUGAAUAA